AUAGGAAAGAAGAGCAUAAACUUUACCCGGGGACCUUUAAUCUUGAGCCAAAGCAACCAGGAAUGGGCCACGAUACCAAUUAUCUGAAGGAAACAGUAGGCGAGGCUCUUGCACGUGGAUGUGCAGCAGCUAUUGGUGCGCAGCCAAACGACCCUGUGGAAUAUCUGGGUCUAUGGCUAUUGAAGUAUGUUAAAAAUGCAGAGGUGGAAGGCAACUUCUACAAGGAACGACAGCAGGAGCUGCAGCACAAGAAAGACCGGCUGAUCAAGGAAGCCCAGGCGGAACAAGCGCUUAAGGCCACCGCCGCCACCCGCAAGGAGGCGGCAGAGCAGCUGGCGGCGCUGGUGGCUGUGCCGCGCGAUCUCCUGCAGGCAGCCGUGAACCUUAUCAAGCAGCAAACCACAGCCGGCGCCGCCUACGCCGCCAUUGUCACCGACCCCGAGGAGCCCGACUGGACGCCGCCGGAGGAUGACGAGGCGGCUGCGGCGGAGUCGGAGGACGAGGGUGAGGGCGCUGGAGCGGCGGAGGGUGAGGGUGAGGAGGAGGCGGCGGCGGAGGCGGAGGAGCCGGCCGACGGGGAGGGCGGCGAGGAGGGUGAGGACGGCGAGGCGCCCAAGCCCAAAAUCCCGCGACCCGUGGAUUACAGCAAAAAGUACUUUGCCUACGUGGCAGCCUCGUCCGGGCAGGAGCACGUGCUGGAAGCUGACGUGUACCGUCCCGCGGCCCCGCUUCCCAUGGUGUACGUUGCCAACGUUGCCAACGAGGAGCGGAUAAAAUUCUUCCGCAAGUUUCCAAAGAUCGGCUCGUACCAGGCUUGCGGCAUCGCGCUCUCGCCAAAUGCGGAGUUCAAGGCAGUAGUUGCAGCAGACACGCUGUUUCCAGAAGGCAGCGGCCAGCCGCUUUCGGCCGAGGACCGCGACUUUGUUUGGGAAGUCUCCCAGUCGCUGACCAAGGCGCUUGACGGCGUGGCGGCAGCGGCGACGGCAGCGCUGAUGGGUAGCUCGGCGGCUGCGGCGCUAGAAGCGCUCAAGGCGAAGCUUGCGGAGCUGCGGACGCAGGCGACGUCGGAGGCUCAGGCUGCAGCGCCAACGCCGAAGGAGGGCGAGGAGGAGGAGGAGGAAGCGCCACCCCCGGAGGAGGAGCCCGCACCUGAGCCGGAGGAGGAGGAGGAGGAAGAAGAGGACGGGGAGGGCGAGGAAGGCGAGGAGGGGGCCGAGGGUGAGGAGGGUGAAGAAGGCGAGGAGCCCAAGCCCAAGAAGAAGAAGAAGGUGUUUGACCCGAUUCCCGGGCUGCUGGCCGCCAUCGAGAAGCUCACGGCGACCGCGGAUGCCGCCAAGGAGGCGGAGGCGCAUGCCAGGUCCGCUGUGGAGCUGGAGCAGCAGGCGCUGGCGGCCAUUGUGCAGGCCGCCACGGAGUCUUCGGAGGUGACUUUGUCGUCUCUCCAGCACCUGCUGACAGUGCCCCAAGCCACGUACCACGUGAUAAAGGCGCUGCUGCACCUGCUGGGCCGAGACCCCGCCACGUUUGCCACCUGGAAACGCGCCUACGCGCACUUUACGCCGGCGCUGUUCGAGGACAUGGCCGCCUACGAUGCGGCGCAGGAACGCGACAUGGCGCUGUGGGGCCGCGUGCGGUCGUGCUACAAGGCCGUGGCCAGCGCCAAGAAGUUGGAGACGGAGAUGCCCAACACCAUGUUUGGAGCGAUGGUGCUGCUGUACAUCAAGCAGGUGCGGCGCGUGGCUCGCAAGGCGGUUCUGCACCGGCAGAUGACGGCCAAGUUGGAGAAGGCCAACGCGGACCUGGACGCCAAGAAGGCAGCUCUAGCGGAGGCGGAACGGCUCAAGGCGGAGGCGGAGGCGGAGGCCGCCCGGCAAGCCGAGGAAGCGGCGCGGUUAGCAGAGGAGGCCGCCGCGCGGGCAGCAGCGGAGGCAGAGGCGGCGGCCGCCGCGGCUGCGGCGGAGGCGGAGGCAGAGGGAGCAGGCGAGGGCGAGGGCGAGGGGGCAGGCGAGGGAGAAGGGGGCCAGGGUGAAGAGGAGGGCGAGGCUUGAGGUCUGACUCAAGGAAGUAAGACCUGGGCGGAUGCUAGAGCGUAGUGGGCCAAAGGCGCACAAAUGAGUGUCAACACUUGCUGUGAAUACAUGUCGCAUAUGUUUUGCAUGUUGCUGACCACCUUUAAGUCGUUCGGAAGACGCCUUUCUUAUUUUAAUAACGCUUCGCCAGCGGGGGUUUCUCAAUUUGCUAAGGACUGGCUCAUGGGGAUAUAGUUGUAGCUUGGUUAGGCUCGCUGGUCAGACUGCAUAACCGGUAUAGCGCUGCUAGUGGUGCUGCUGCGUAGCGGCACGUAAUUAAGACUGGACGAACACCGCAGAGUCAGAUAGGGACAACCCUUUGGUUUUCGAGGGUGAGGGGGGUGGACCAUAUGAUAGGGUGGAUUUAUAAUGGCAUCGGCGGUUGCGGUUCAGGGGCCAAGUGUAUUCAUUCGACGAAUAGGGUGCACUGCGUGUCGUUAAUUUAACUUCUGUCAACUACGUUUGGACGCUGGAAUGCGGCAUUGACUUGGGCAAUCAGCACGGGCGCCUGUACAUUUUUGGGAUACGGCCUAGCUUGCAAGACGGGUGGGCAGAGAACCAGAUGGCGCACGGGAAUAGGGCUGUGGCUUGGCGGCGGCACAAACGCUGCAGGAAUAACAUACGGAUUCAUGAGAUGUUGCUUGGCAACUCACCAUGUAACAUGUGUACGAUAUGCUGCCUUCGCACCAAAGGUGUCGUACAGCAAAUCCUCAGAAAACCUGAAUCACGUCUUGGUUGGCUACCAGGCGAACGACAGUUCGGCAGCUACAUUGCGUAAUAUACGUGAAGGCAUUGGGCAGAGUCCCUUCGAAAAAGCCUGGAAUGGGAAUCCAGAAAUUGUUUAUGCGCUCAAGCUGUCUGUGUCUACAUCAGCAAAGUCACAUUGGAAUGGCCUGAAGACUGCCCCUGCCCUUUAUCCCACCAAAGGCGUAGAAGCGUGCAGGGGCUCGGUAUCCGUAGUUACCGCAGUAUCGCUUCAGUUCACUGCCCACAAGAACGUCGCUGCCGCACGGGACACAGCCACAACCAUCCAGGCAUUGCUGUCGAUUGAUAGCAGUAGGGAUCAAAAACUCCGACGCGCAUGGAAUCGAUGCUAUACCCAUCAGCAGCACCCAGCUCCUCACGAGCGAACUGCAUCUUGGGUCAACGGCAAAUGUCAAAUGGCAGAAUUAAUCCCAGCUGUGCUUCCCAGCGAUAUCCUGCCAUGCCUGACUAUCACCCACAUGGGAAGCCUUAUGCUUUACUCUUCCGCGGAGAACACCCGCAACAAGGCUAAGAAUGGAGACGGCUAGCUGGUUGCAGGAAGCCGCGCAGUCUUCUCCCUACUCGCACACAAACACGGCACACGAGCGCGCACGGGCCCACAACACUGCUACGACGCCGAAAUGAACCUACAUGGCCGGCGACUCAACCCACACCCUCAGACCCAGUUUACCACGAUAUCACAUAACAAUGCAGCGAAGUCACCCAGCUCCCCCUCUCCCAUGUAAAGGCACAGUGCAACCUGCUCGGGGCGGGUCCAGACGCCAAGGGCUGAUGUGCACCCAACGAAACAUCCAUUCUGGCCACCCAAUUUUUCAACUACUGCACUACUCCCCCAGUGACCAAUGCGUAUAGCCACAUGUUGCACCCUAAGCCCCCCUCCACAAGCUCU